CUUUAUUUUCCAAAAACCAAACAACAAUCGUCAAAAUGCCCAGCAUUAAGCUUCAGUCCUCGGACGAGGAAAUCUUCGAUACCGACAUCCAGAUCGCAAAGUGCUCUGGAACCAUCAAGACAAUGCUUGAGGAUUGUGGAAUGGAGGACGAUGAGAAUGCAAUUGUCCCUCUGCCGAAUGUGAAUUCCACCAUUUUGCGCAAGGUGCUGACCUGGGCUCACUACCACAAGGACGAUCCACAGCCCGUCGACGAUGACGAGAGCAAGGAGAAGCGCACCGACGACAUCAUCUCGUGGGACGCCGACUUCCUUAAGGUAGACCAGGGCACACUCUUCGAGCUAAUACUUGCCGCCAAUUAUCUGGAUAUCAAGGGACUGCUCGAGCUGACUUGCAAGACCGUGGCCAAUAUGAUUAAGGGCAAGACUCCAGAGGAGAUACGCAAAACUUUCAACAUCAAGAAGGACUUCAGUCCCGCCGAGGAGGAGCAGGUGCGCAAGGAGAACGAGUGGUGUGAGGAGAAGUGAGGUGUGACGGGCCAAACAGCGGGGAGGGAAAACGUGGAUCAGCCCACAGCUGUUGUCUGAUUACACAAUAAUUUAAGAAUUUGGAUUAUUCCGAAAUAAUAUUGUAGCCAAUGCGUAAGAUAAAAUGUUUCCUUCACAUACAAAUAUCUCUAACGUCACUGAGUUCGAAAUAAAUAAUUACUCAACGCUA